GUCGGGCGCCUCAGCGGCGGCUGAGACUCUUGGGAAGUCUUCCCUGCCACACGAGAGAAAGCGCAGGCGGCGGCCUGGCGGAGACGGCCGGCUCACAGCUCGGAUUGGGUCAGGCGCGCGCGAGGACAGCUCCGAGGGCCUUCCCAGAGGCCCCCGCGCCGCCGAGGUCCUGACGAGCCACACCGCCUUCCGGCGCACGUGGUCUCGGCGCGAUGCCCAAAUCCAAGCGCGACAAGAAAGUUUCCUUAACGAAAACUGCCAAGAAAGGCUUAGAACUGAAACAGAACCUGAUAGAAGAACUUCGGAAAUGUGUGGACACGUACCAGUACCUCUUCAUUUUCUCUGUGGCCAACAUGAGGAACAGCAAGCUGAAGGACAUCCGGAAUGCCUGGAAGCACAGCCGGAUGUUCUUUGGCAAAAACAAGGUGAUGAUGGUGGCCUUGGGUCGAAGCCCAGCUGACGAGUACAAAGACAACCUGCACCAGGUCAGUAAGAAGUUGAGGGGUGAAGUUGGCCUCCUUUUCACCAACCGCACAAAGGAAGAGGUCAAUGAGUGGUUCACAAAAUACACGGAAAUGGACUUUGCCCGAGCUGGGAACAAAGCAACUUUCACCGUGACCCUGGAUCCAGGACCUCUGGAGCAGUUCCCCCACUCCAUGGAGCCUCAGCUGAGGCAGCUGGGACUGCCUACUGCCCUCAGGAGAGGUGUGGUGACCCUUCUUUCUGACUACGAGGUGUGCAAGGAGGGUGAUGUGCUGACCCCAGAGCAGGCCCGCAUCCUGAAGCUCUUUGGCCAUGAGAUGGUCGAAUUCAAGGUGACCAUCAAGUACAUGUGGGACGCCCAGUCAGGAAGGUUCCAGCAGAUGGGAGAAGAUGACUUGCCAGAGAGCGCACCCGAGUCUUCAGAAGAAUCAGAGUCAGAGGGGGAGGACGACUGACUUAGACUCAGGACCAGAGUCUCCCAGCCUGUGCUCAUCCCCCCGGAGCACAGGACUGUGGCCACCUUUCAGAGAGAGCAGCUAUUUAUUUAGUUGUGGAUAAGGACAAGGAAGAGUAAUGGGGACUGUUUCCAUAAAUAAUGAAAUUUUGUCUGCAGGUGUCUCCCUGUAGACAGCAAGAGACUCUUAGUGGGGGAAAAAAGACCUUUA